AAUAAAUGUAUGCUCACUUUGCUGGAGAGCAAUUUACAUGAUCCCCAAGCAUGCAUUUUAUAAAUGUAACAAUAAAGUGGCGGAGGGAUUUUUAAAUUCUGCAAGAAGUUACCGGACCAAGCGGUUUUCAAGGGAUGCGAAAGUUGCAGCAUGGUUCAGCAACUAUGUAACAUUAGGCGGUUGUCGAAUGCCGCACAAGAAAGUAGACGAAAUCUGGCUUCCCUACAAGACCGAGUGGAAGGAUGUUUACUCAAAAUAUAAAGAGGACAUGGUUAGGAAAGAUGAAAUUGCUGUUUCUUACAGUUCUUUUAGGAACACAAGAAAGAAAUAUUUUAGCCAUGUAAAGAUUAAAACAACAAACUCUUUUAGUAGAUGCGCCAGAUGCACCUUAUUAGAACGACAGGAAGAGGGUGCGAAAACCAAAGAGAGAAAAUUGAAAAUUGCCAAGAAGCGGGCCCUGCACGAUAGACGUCAAAGGCUUGAGAGGGCUGCCUACUAUGCGAGACGUGAUAAAUCAAAGGA